AUGGCUGUUCGGGAUGGCACACCUGCAGCGAAUGAGAAACCGAAACCGCCGAUGAAAGAAGAUGACAUUUCUCCGGCGCCUGUCCCGAGAAUCUACCCUGAGAUAGAAGAAAUUCCUGAGUGGCCCACUCCCCCACUUUAUCGCUGUACCUCACAGCCUGCACCCCAACCCUCGGCCCCAACACCACCCCCUCCUGCUCCUGCUCCAGCUCCUGAGCCCGGGGGAAAGGGAGGGUCCUUCCUCAGGAACAAGAAGCCGACGAGAGCUGUUGGGCCGCCCCCAGGACCAGAUGAACAGAAUGCCCUACAGCUCUUGCAGUACUGGCCUUUCUCCUCCUCUGACCUCUAUAAUUGGAAAACUAACCACCUUCCUUUUUCAGAUAAUCCAGCAGGACUCACAGGGCUAAUAGAGUCCCUGGUGUACUCACACCAGCCCACUUGGGAUGAUUGUCAGCAGCUCUUGCAGACCCUGUUCACCACUGAAGAGAGGGAGAGGAUAGUCCUGGAGGCCCGAAAGUACAUUCGAGACAACGCUGGGCACCUUGUCCAGACCCCAGAUGGGAUAGAUGAAGGAUUUCCCCUGAUGUGCCCUCAGUGGGAUUAUAACACGGCACAAGGUAGGGAAUGGUUGUCCAAUUACCGCCGGGCUCUAGUGGCAGGUCUCAGAGGCACCGCACGACGGCCCACGAAUUUGGCUAAGGUAAGAGAGGUCAUGCAGGGACCGACUGAACCCCCUUCAGUUUUCCUGGAAAGGCUCAUGGAGGCGCACAGAAGGUAUACCCCUUUUGAUCCUACAUCUGAGGGGCAGCGAGCCUGUGUAAUCAUGGCUUUUAUUGGGCAGUCGGCCCCUGAUAUUAGAAAGAAAUUACAACGGAUCAAGGGACUGCAGGAUUAUACAAUAAGGGAUGUAGUUAGAGAGUCUGAGAAAGUGUAUCACAAAAGGGAGACAGAGGAAGAGAAGCAAGAGCGAGAAAAAAGAGAGAAUAAAGAGGAUGAAGAUAGGAGGGAAAAGAGGCAAGAGAAAACUUUGACUAGGAUACUGGCCAUAGUAGUAGGCAAAGAUAGGAGAGAUAGGAGCAGACAGCUAGGGAACCUGGGAGGCGGAAGAUGGCAAGAGGCAAAGAGACCUAGAAGAGACCACCCUCCUUUGGGGAAGGACCAGUGUGCUCACUGCAGAGAAAAAGGACAUUGGGCCCAUGAGUGCCCCAAGAGAAAGCAGGAGACAAAGAUAUUGCCCCUCGAGAGUGAUGAAGACUAGGGGGGACGGGGCUCGGCCCCCCUCCCUGAGCCUAGGGUAACCUUACAUGUGGAGGGGACUCCCAUAAAUUUUUUGAUUGACACAGGUGCGGAAUAUUCGGUGCUAAAAACUCCUCUGGGUAAGAUUAAAAAUGAAAAAACACUGGUAGCCGGGGCUAUGGGACAAAAAUCUUACCCGUGGACCACCUCUCAGACAGUGGACUUGGGAAAGAGUGUAGUAACUCACUCGUUUCUAGUCAUUCCUGAGUGCCCCAUACCUCUACUGGGAUGAGAUUUGCUCACAAAAUUAAAGGCACAAAUAACCUUCACCUCCUCUGGGCCAGAAUUGUCCUGGGGAACUACCCCUCCACAAGCAUUGGAACUAUCUUUGCAAUUGGGAGAAGAGUAUCGGAUUUAUCAAAAGAAGUUAAAGGCUGCCACCCCUGAGAGGCUAAAGGACUGGCUUGAUCGGUUUCCCCUGGCUUGGGCUGAAACAGGAGGGAUGGGAAUGGCAAGACAGGCCCCUCCAGUAGUGGUAGAGCUCAAGUCUGGGGCCACCCCCAUUAGGAUUUGUCAGUACCCUAUGGGGAAGGAAGCUCGGGAGGGGAUACGUCCUCACAUCGAUCGUCUAAUCCGUGAAGGAAUCCUGGUCCCCUGUAAAUCUGCUUGGAAUAUCCUCCUUCCAGUAAAGAAGUCAGGGACAGGUGAUUAUCGCCCUGUGCAAGACCUUAGAGAAGUUAACAAAAGAAUACAGGAUAUACACCCCACCGUUCCCAACCCUUAUAAUCUGCUCAGCACAUUGCCGCCUGAACGAGCCUGGUAUACAGUGUGAACAGGGCAGCUCACAUAGACCAGGUUGCCUCAAGGGUUCAAAAAUUCUCCAACCUUGUUUGAUGAGGCCUUACAUCGGGACUUGGCUCCUUUUCGGGCCUGCAAUCCACAUGCGACCCUUCUGCAAUAUGUAGAUGACCUUCUCCUUGCAACUGAGACACGCGAGGAAUGCGAGCAUGGGACACAGAAUCUCCUGGCUGAGUUAGGUGAAUUGGGGUAUCGGGCUUCAGCUAAAAAGGCACAGUUGUGCCAGACGGAGGUGACGUAUUUGGGAUACACCCUGAAGAAUGAGCAAUGGCUUACAGAAGCCAGAAAGUGGCCAGUGACACAGAUCCCGACCCCAACCACCCCUCGCCGGGUAAGAGAAUUUCUGGGAACGGCGGGGUUCUGCAGACUCUGGAUCCCAGGGUUUGCCACCCUGGUGGCCCCCUUAUACCCAUUGACCAAAGAAAAAGGAGAAUUUGUGUGGACUGAGGAACACCAAUUGGCUUUUGAAACCCUAAAAAAGGCACUGCUACAGGCCCCCGCCCUAGCACUACCAGACCUAAAAAAGCCCUUUACCCUGUAUAUCAAUGAGAAAAAUGGAGUAGCAAGAGGGGUCCUUACUCAGACAUUGGGACCUUGGAAGCGCCCUGUAGCUUACCUGUCAAAGAAAUUGGACCCAGUAGCCAGCGGAUGGCCCUCAUGUUUAUGGGCAAUUGCAGCUACUGCAGUGCUAGUGAAAGAUGCUGAUAAAUUGACCAUGGGCCAAAAUGUGACCAUAGUGGCCCCGCAUUCCCUUGAGAGCAGCAUCCGACAGCCCCCAGAUCGUUGGAUGACUAAUGCCAGGAUGACCCACUACCAGAGUUUAUUGCUGACUGAGCGAGUGACCUUUGUUCCACCUGCUAUUCUCAACCCUGCCACCUUACUACCUGAAGCUGAUGAAGCCCCCAUACACCACUGUGGAGAUAUAUUGGCCGAGGAGGUCGGGACCCGGUCAGACUUAUCUGACCAUCCCUGGCCUGGGGCCAUGACUUUGUUCACCAAUGACAGCAGCUUCGUGGUGGAAGGUAAGCGGAGGGCUGGGGCAGCAGUAGUAGAUGGAAAAUCUGUUGUAUGGGCCAGCAGUUUGCCUGAAGGGACAUCAGCUCAGAAGGCGGAGCUCAUUGCACUGAUCCAAGCCUUGAGGCUUGCAGAGGGAAAAGCUGUCAAUAUCUACACCGACAGCCGGUAUGCCUUUGCAACCUCUCACGUUCAUGGGGCAAUAUACAGGCAGCGCGGACUAUUAACUUCCACCGGAAAAGAGAUUAAAAACAAAGAAGAAAUCCUUAGCCUGCUAGAAGCUGUUCAUUUGCCCCGUAAGGUGGCAAUCAUUCAUUGUCUAGGACAUCAGAAGGGAAAUGGGCCAAUAGAAAAUGGGAAUCAAAUGGCAGACUGGGUGGCAAAAGAUACAGCACAAGGGCCACAAAUUUUAACCAUUAAAGCCCCACCACAGCCAGCUGAGGAGAUUUUAGAAAAAUGGACUCUCACAAGAGAAGAGGGGCUAGAAUACCUGACUAAUAUACAUCGCCUCACCCACCUGGGAGAAAAAAAGAUGAUAAAGCUGGUCGGUAAGUCCCCUUAUCAUAUCCCACAGCUACACAGGAUAGUAGAAGACUUAGUAAAGAAUUGCCAAGCUUGCACACUCACUAACGCGGUGCCGAACAGAACCCAUGGCGGAAAACGUUUAAGAGGGGAUAGACCAGGGACCUAUUGGGAAGUUGAUUUUACUGAGGUAAAGCCAGCAAAGUAUGGAAAUAAAUACCUUCUAGUUUUUAUAGACACUUUCUCAGGGUGGGUGGAGGCCUUUCCCACCAAAAGAGAGAUGGCUAACGUGGUAACCAAGAAGAUACUUGAAGAAAUUUUUCCUCGUUUUGGAAUACCUAAGGUAAUUGGGUCAGACAACGGACAUGCCUUCGUCGCCCAGGUAAGUCAGGGAUUGGCCAGACAACUGGGGAUAAAUUGGAAGUUACACUGUGCCUAUAGACCCCAGAGUUCAGGACAGGUAGAAAGAAUGAAUAGAACUCUAAAAGAGACCCUAACUAAAUUGUCCUUGGAGACCAGCGGGAAUGAUUGGGCAGCCUUUCUCCCCUAUGCCCUGUUCCGGGUUUGGAAUACUCCCGGAGCUUCAGGUUUAACACCUUUUGAAUUAAUGUUUGGGGCGCCCCCGUCCAUUCACAUGACCACAGAAGGAAAGGCUUGUUCUGACCAACUCCUCUCCUUCAUCCCCCUGUCUCGCCUUCUAGCCUGAUUAAAGGCCCUAGAGAUCGUCUGAAAGGAGGUCUGGGAGCAGUUGAAAGAGACCUAUACAGCAGAUGACCUACAAGUGCCACACCGCUUUGAAGUGGGAGAUGUAGUGUUGGUGAGAAGACAUUGGACAGGAAGCCUCGAACCUCGGUGGAAGGGACCCUACCUAGUACUACUGACCACGCCAAUUGCUGUAAAAGUGGAAGGAAUCCCCACCUGGGUCCAUGCCACACAAGUCAAGAAGGCUCCUCCCUCCGGACCUGAUCAAGAUGAGUGGAUCCUAGAAAAGACUGAUAAUCCUCUUAAGCUGCGCCUGCGUCACCAGAACAACGUUGAGUGA